AUGGCGGCCGCUGUCUGCGGUCCUCGCGGCUGUCCGAGGACCAAUUCAGCCAAACCACACAAAGAACACCUGCGAAAAAGCCGGGAUUCCCGUCGCAGACAAGCAGCACUGUUGUUUCUCACCAAUAUAUCUUUGGACGGACGACCGGUUUAUGACCUAAGCAAUGGAAUCGUUGGCCCCAGGGAAGCCGAGAGCCUGUGUGUGGAUGUCGGCGCGGCGGCGGCGGUGACGGGUCCCCCUCUGGCGACACCUAUCAGCUACGGAACCUUCACCCAAGUGCCAUCCAUCAGCGAGGGAGCAGCGACCCCUCUACCGAGGACUAACACUUACCCUGGUCCUCUGAGUCCUCCUCCAGCAUUUAUUCAAGGGAGCUGCGACGUUUUCACGGAGGAUGGACGAACAGAUUCUUUGUCAGUCCAGGCACCCCCGCUUUCACCGACCUCUGGACCGCUGAAUCCGUUUUCAGGAUCCAGUAAAUCACCCAGCCAAUUCCCGGGCUCUAAUCCUGUUCCUGAUCCGCGCCAAAGGACACGUAACCUCUCUGGGUCUCCAGGACCAAAGGUUUCCAAGAAGGUGCAUUUCAUCAAGAAUAUGAGACAGUAUGACACUCGAGGGAGCAGGGUUGUGCUGAUCUGUGCCAAGAGAUCCCUGUGUGCUGCUUUCUCUGUAUUGCCCUAUGGAGAGAGUUAUCACAUCAGUGACUCUAAACUAGAAGCCCAGAGACAGAGACACUCUUCUGGUGGGGGAGUUGAUAUGGUCCCUGGACUGGAGGGAGUGGAGGUGGACUUUGGAAAGACAGUAUCAUAUGCCCGUUUUCUGCUUCCAACUAAUGCCUUGGUCAGGCAGAAGAGCAGCGGCCCACCUGACAUCUGUACAGCUCAGAUGCCAGUGUCUCGCAACCGUAUUAACGGGCAGAAGAACUUCACCCCUUCUAGAAUCAACAGCGCAGCUGGACAAGAUACUUGUGUGUUACAUGGUGUGGACGAACUAUCAGACUAUGACCCCAACUUACUCAGUGACCCCCAGUGGCCUUGUGGGAAGCACAAGCGAGUCUUAAUUUUCGCAUCUUAUGUGACUACAGUUAUUGAGUAUGUGAAACCAUCUGACUUGAAGAAAGACAUGAAUGAGACAUUCAAGGAGAAGUUUCCUCACAUAAAGCUGACACUCAGCAAAAUCAGAAGUUUGAAAAGGGAGAUGCGCACGGUGAGCGAAGAGUGUGGCCUACAGCCGGUUACCGUAGCAAUGGCUUAUGUUUACUUUGAGAAGCUGGUUCUGCAAGGGAGGCUGAACAAGCACAACCGAAAGCUGGUGUCUGCUGCUUGCGUUUUAUUAGCUGCCAAGAUCAGCAGCGACCUCAAGAAACAAGAGGUCAAGCAGCUGAUCGAUAGGUUGGAGGAGCGUUUCCGAAUAAAUAGCAAGGAGUUGAUUUCCCUGGAGUUCACGGUUCUGGUUGCCUUGGAGAUGGCACUCUACCUCCCAGACAGCAAGGUCAUGCCUCACUAUCGCAGACUUGUGCAGCAGGGCUGAAAUGGAGAGGGCCCUUAAAGGGAUAGUUCACCCAAAAAAUGAAAACUCUGUCAUCAUUUAC